AUGUUAUCAGAUUCUCAUCGCAGAGCUGCAACUAUCAACUUGAAGUUUCAGUUCCCCUUCUAUGGACAUUUAUUAAACUCUACUACAAUUGCGACUGGAGGUUUUUUAUAUUUAGGAGAAUACAUUCAUUCGUGGUUAGCAGCCACUCAAUACAUAGCGCCUUUAAUGGCCAAUUUCGAUUUAAGUACAUCAAACCAUUCGAACAUUUAUUACAUGGAAAAUGGCACUGCAUUAAUAGUAACUUGGCAUAAUGUUACUUUACAAGAUAAACCUAAAGUUGGAGGAUUCACUUUUCAAACAACUUUACAUUCUAAUGGAAAUAUUGUGUUUGCUUACAAAACUGUACCAACUAAAAUCAAAGAAAUUGAUUCUACAAAUCAUCCAGUGAAAAUUGGACUGUCUGAUGCAUAUGUAUUAGAUAAAACAAUAUUUUUUGUCAGAAGAAAAACUAUUUAUGAAUAUCAUAGAGUAACAUUCCAUGAAGAUGAAGUAACAGAUGGCACUGUUAUAAUUUUAACUGCAUUGCCAACAUGUCUAGAGAAGAAAAAUUGUACUAGUUGUAUUAAAAAAGACACAAAUUUCCAAUGUUUCUGGUGUGACAACCGAUGUUCAUCAGGAGUUGAUCGCAAUCGUCAAGAUUGGCACCAAAAAGAUUGUGAGAAAUUGAAGCUUGUUAAUGAAGAUAUGUGUACAUCUGGAGUUACAACUGUUACUCCUCCUGUUGUUGAUAAUUCUAGUGUUGAAUCAUCUGUUAAAUCUGAAUCUCUAUCGACCAAAUCAGUGGGGUUGGGGAAAAGGAGAAGCUCGCUACACAGCUGCUACCAUUCAUAUGUAAAAAGAAACAAGUAA